AUUGUCUUCAACCACAUUGCCUGAUGGCAGCCCUGACAUCUCCCCGCCAACUUCCUCAACUGAACCACCACCGGCUCCGACCUACUCAUGUACUCCCUCCUACUUCCGAGCCUCUUCUGAUUCCCAUCAUACAAUGGUAACUCGUGCCCAAACAGGAUUAAAAGGAAAGCUGAUGGCACGAUCGAGCGCUACAAAGCUCACCUAGUUGCAAAAGGAUUUCUGCAAGAAGAAGGCAUUGACUUCUUCGACACAUUCAGUCCUGUGAUCAAACCCACCACCAUUCGGGUUGUUCUCAGUCUUGCGGUCACUCAGAACUGGCAUCUUCGACAAGUUGAUGUGAACAAUGCUUUUCUCAAUGGUGACCUCAGUGAAACCGUCUAUAUGGACCAACCUCAAGGGUUCAUUUCACGUGACAAACCAACUCAUGUUUGUCGCCUCUCCAAGGCUCUCUACGGACUCAAACAAGCACCGCGUGCUUGGUUUCACAAGCUCCAAUCGUCUCUUCAUCACCAUGGCUUCAAAAAUUGUAUUUUAGACUCCUCUUUAUUUAUCAAACGGGAUGAUCAGGAUGUUGUUUAUGUCCUAGUCUACGUUGACGACUUAAUUAUCACUGGUUCCAAUGUCAAAUUCAUAGAUGAGUUUGUUCAGCACUUCAAUACCACAUUCUCCUUAAAGGACUUGGGCACUCUUCAUUACUUCCUUGGGAUUGAGGUUCUCCGCACUCCGUCUGGUAUUCUCUUAUCCUAAAAGAAAUAUAUUCAUGACAUACUAAACAGGUGUCAUAUGGCCGAUGCCAAACCUAUCUCUGCUCCAGCAGAGCCUGCUUCACGGUUACAAGCCACUGGUGACCCAUUUUCGGAUCCUCACUUAUAUCGCAGCAUUGUGGGUGCCCUGCAGUACGUCACUAUUACACGCCCAGAGAUCUCUUAUUCGGUUAAUCGUGUAUGUCAGUUUAUGCAUAAACCAACCCUUACGCAUUGGUCAGCGGUUAAGAGGAUCUUACGGUACUUAAAAGGUACAAUAUCAAAUGGCCUUGCAUUUGGGAAAAUGCGUGAUUCCAGCCUUGUCACAUUCACCGACGCUGGCUGGGCGUCUGACCCAGAUGACUGCCGCUCCCAGCAUGGCUUCUCAGUGUACUACGGAGGAAAUCUCGUCAGUUGGUCAUCACGCAAACAACAAGUUGUCUCUCGCUCUAGUACCGAAGCCGAAUACCGAGCUAUUGCUUUUGCAGCGGCCGAGCUCAUAUGGAUACGUCAACUGCUCCAGGAAAUGGGCACUCCGUUCACUCCACCACCAAUUAUUCUUUGUGAUAAUCUCAGUGCAACCUUCCUCACUGCCAACCCCGUCUUUCAUCAAAGAUCCAAACAUAUCAAAAUUGAUUUUCAUUUUGUUCGGGAGCAAGUUCAGUCUGGUGCACUCGUAGUUCGCCAUGUUCGGUCCAUCGAUCAGGUUGCUGACAUAUUCACAAAGGCAGUGGGCACUACACGAUUUCAAGCUUUGUGUCGUCGUCUUCUUGUUAGAUCGCCUCG